CUCUUUUCUUCUGCUAUCGCAGAUCCCGUCGGAGACGGUCUCUUCAAGGAAGGGAAGAGCCCGAGCUGGGGGCCUUUGAGCCCUGCGGUGCAAAAAGGCAGCGGGCAGAUCCAGCUGUGGCAGUUUCUGCUGGAGCUGCUGGCCGACCGCGCCAACGCCGGCUGCAUCGCGUGGGAGGGCGGCCACGGCGAGUUCAAGCUCACAGACCCCGACGAGGUGGCGCGGCGCUGGGGCGAGCGGAAGAGCAAGCCCAACAUGAACUACGACAAGCUGAGCCGCGCCCUGCGCUACUACUACGACAAGAACAUCAUGAGCAAGGUGCACGGCAAGCGCUACGCUUACCGCUUCGACUUCCAGGGCCUGGCGCAGGCCUGCCAGCCGCCACCGGCUCACGCUCACGCCGCGCUCUACCCCAGUCCCGGCUUACAACCUCCACCGGGGCCCUUCGGCGCGGUGGCCGCAGCCUCGCAUUUGGGAGGCCAUUACCACUAGACGGGGCGGCGGGGUGCUGCGCAGCCUCUCCCACUCGCCCAGAGCCUUGCCCAGACCUGUCCACAGCCCAAAGAGGGAGCCCGGAGCUUUCCCCGACGCUCCUUGAACCAGAUUUGACUCCACCUGCAGCACCAGCUCCGGGCUGGGGGAAGGAUUCCGAAGCCUCCUCGUCCUCCUUAAAUGAUAGAUUUGCCCCUCCUCACCCCUUGUCCCCGACUGUGACCCUCCUUUUAAUUUUUCUCUUCUAGGUCUCUAGAUCCUAAAAAGCCUGAGCCCCUUGUCUUUUUCUCUCCUCUACCAGCACCUCUGGUUCCUAGAAGCCCCCUUCAUCACCACCCCCCUUUUAAGUUCCAAAUCUUCUGUUUUUCUCUUCCCCACGGAGCUGCCUCAUCCCAGCACCUGGAGGCCUUUUACAUUCCUUCUUCCCCGACCCGGGCAAAAAGGUUGGUAAAGUCCACUAUCCCCAAGACUUGUGGUUCCCGUUCCUUCUGAGCCCACAUCUGGCUGAAGGGGGCCCAGUGUGUUUCUAUUUCCUUCCAGCCCCCAUUAAAGCUCCCAAGCUCCC